AUGGCCAAGUACCGGUACACGCCGCCGCCGUCCGAGACGCACCGUCCGCCCGACUCGCUCGCGGGACGCCGACAAGCGGCUACCAUGGCCAACUACGCUUCGUCCCGGCGGAAUUGGCUCUGUGACAACCAAUCGACGACGUCGUCGCAGGCUUGUAUGAGCGUCAAAGCCCACAGCUUUACACCGAUGAGCGCCUACGUCGACGACAACGACCAGCGCGUACCGAAAGCAUAUCCCAUGCACAUGGCGCCUAAUUCGACCGACGACAUUCGUCUGCACCAGUACCGGUCCAAGCACGUGCGCCUCGACCAGACGCACUCAGCUUCCGACAUCCAGCAACGCUAUGCGCUGCUUCGCCGCACGGCAACGUUGGAAGAGAAGCUCUCGACGGCCAUGAGCCGCAUUCCGCGCGACCUCCGUGGCGCGCCCAAGAAGGCACACCCGACGUCGAUGAAGCGCGUCCAGUUCCGCGACGAGUACGUCGAUGCGCCGCCAACGCGAGGGCGGGUGCGCCGGAGCAGCUGCUAA